AGUAUUUUUGCCGAAGGGGUGACUCGAAGGGCGAGGGGUAUCGACCGUUGUGCGUCUCGCUCAGACGGUGAACGCGCGCCGGCAAUGCCACACGCGCCGCGCAAAACAUGUCCACGCCGCUACCGAAAUGUGCUGGCGCCAGGUCUCAAAACUACAAAAGACUGUGCUCAUAGUGCUUUUCUACUUCACCGUGUACGUUCUAGUGUCGUAUUCCAUGUCCCCGGACACUAAUUUCGCGUUUGUGAGCGAAGAUUUGCGUGUGGGGGAUAAAUAUGCGUUGAUUUAUCUCGUUGCGCCUCGAAGUCCUGUUUUUACUGACGCGGAGGGAGCGAAUGUUUUCAAAAGUCGCCGCUGCGGACAGUGUUUCAUCACCAACAACAGGGGGUUUUUGCCGAUGAGCGAGUAUGAUGCUAUACUUGUGGUUGGGGACCGCAGCUUGUUGUAUGAAACUUCGGCUUUCAUGGACCCGGGGAAGAGGUUUUUGAUAGAAACGAGUCGGCAAUGCAUUAAAGACAAGCUGAGAGGAUGCAACUGGGAGCCUAGGGUCACCUCGUUCGGGGACAACAAGCCACACGACCUGUGCAGUCUCUGCGACCAUCUACAUAGAAAGCGCCUUAAACCAAACAGUUAGAAUCUCUUCAUGUGAUAAUAGGUAAACUAAUUAAUUUUAGGCUCAAACAGAUGCCUUGCUAGGGUAGUCAGGUUGCCGCCUGCCAAAAUAUUCAAGUUUUCUAAAAUAUACCUAGUUAUAUCUCAAAGACAAUGGUGCUUAGUUCUCAAAAUUGUACUGAAUCUGGGCAGAAAUCUCUUUUUUUAGACCUGUUGAGCAAAAUGUGACCCCCUUUGAUAUGCAACGAAAUCAUGAUUCAUAAUUCGUUUAUUGUCUGUAGAACAUGGGUAUAUACAAUGAUGGAACAUAAUAAUAUAUAGGUAAUCAAUUAAUCACCAUGAUCUUGCCUUUAGGCGUACAAACCGUCAAACCUAUAACUAAAGAUAUUCCUAAAAUGAACCUUAACACAAAGUGAUAAAGUCUAUCAGCGGUCACACUAGUCCGUACCUACUCGUACUUUGACUAUGACGUCCGUAAUUUCUUUAGCGCAUUUUGUAACCCAGUUAGAAUUAAGUGAUUCGAUUUUCAAAUACCUAUUUAUUUACAUUCCAUUUGCAAAAAAUCCGGCCUUGUAAUGUGUUCCAUUGUUAAAACACCUGUGUUUAUUUGUGGCACGAACGAUUUUUUUUUUCAAAACUGGGUUUUUGCCAAGUACUAAGUUCUAUUUUUGUCUGAAUACCUAGGUCUGAAUACGAUUUUAAAUUAAUCUGGCAUUUGAUUAACCCAGAUUUUUAGGUUAUGUUGAAAUGUUCUCAAAUAUAGAAUCAAUACAAUUUGUAAGUAAGGUAAAUGUACCUAUAAAGUAUCAAUUGAACAAUUUUGAAUGGUAAAUUUAUUCAUUACCGAUCGUUAACUGUGCCAAUUCAAGUCUCUUCACAGUUAUCGACAAUUGACCUAUGAAUAUUCCAUUUAAUAGUACCUAUGUAAUCAUAACGGCAUGUCGUACUUAAUGAUAGGUACCAUUUACUACUAUGUUUUAUGCUAUUGGUACAAAUACCAAUUGAGUUUAUUUUGCCAAAUCCAAGACGUCAUUACCUACCUAACAACUACUUUAUGUAUAUUGAUUUCAAUUAAAGAAAAUACGUAGGUAUUGUUAUGUUUCAUUAUAUCGAUUCCAUUGCAAUUAAUUUAAAUACAUUACAUUACACUAUCAAACAUAGAUCUAUGUUUAAUAGUGUAAUGUAUUUAAAAAACAGAUAUUCUACUUAUAUUUGGUUAUUUUUUUCAUAUUGUUAGCCAAGAAUACAAAUACUGACUGCUUUAUAAUAACAAUCCAGACAACUUUAUACGUAUGUGUUCUUUCUCUGAAAGUAUUUUAAUAUAGAUUUCAUUCAUGCAUUUUUAGAACGAACAAAAUUGUUUAGACAUUGACAGUUAAAUGUUAUUCCAAGAAUAGAACGAAUUGUAAAAAAAAUGUACCAAUUCAUUUCUCAAAGGAACUGGUUGGAAAUCAACCACAAUUGUUAGUACAGAAAUAGUACAAUGCGUAUUUUAAGUACAUAAUACAAUACGUAAAGUGUGAACGCCAAUAGGGUCGAUAUUAGUUAAGAAUUCAUUUGAUAUAUUAUUUAAAAUCAUGUUGUUUCCAGUUUAUAUUGAUUAUACACGUAUUUUGUUUUAUAUAAAAUCAUUACGUCUCUUUCCUUAUUUAGAUAUUAAAUAGGGACGUAAAUACUAUCAUUUUCUUCGUCUUAUGAAGGUUAUGUUAGCUUGAUAUUUGUUAUGUUGUAUUAAUUAUAAGAAAUAGCCAUAAUAUUUUAUUGUGUGUGGGGUCCAAGUAUGCUUGAAGACAAGGUUAUGUAACAUCCUGUAGAUAUAAGGAAAAAAGCUGAAUAUAAAGCCAAAUAAAAUCAUUUAAACAUAAGUGUAUGUUCGUCUAGUCAUUAAUUUUGGAAUGGCGAUGGAUAUUGGGUAUUUAAGCGAGCAGUUAUGUAAUGGACAAAUGUGUAAUAUAAACAAUAAAAUAUACGCCCAUAUAUAAUAAGGAAAUAUUAAUCUUGGCAAUCCUGUAAAAAAAUAAUGUCAAAGUUAGGCAAAUUACAGCAAGAGCUAUGCCGCAAGCUUAAAUUACCCCAUAAUAGAAUGCGCUAUGAGCAUUUAUGCCUCGCGUAACCAUAGUAACCCACCUACACUGUCUUUAAUAUCAUAACUUUCCUGAAAUAGGUUAUGCUGAAUCAUAAUUUUAAAUAGACUUCGAAUAUAAAUAGACAAUAAUCAAUGUUAAAUAAGAUUCAGAACCAUUUGCGGCUUUUACAGUUAUUACUGUAAACAAUAUGCUGUUGUUCCUCUUAUUAAGAUAAUAAUUAUUAAUUACAGUAAAUUUCAAAUACCAGUUCAAUAAAAUAAAUCUAAAACUCCAUACUAUCAGAACCAUAACUCGAAUAAUAAAUAUUUAAAAUGAAUUAUCGCAAAUUAUCUAAAAAGUACAUAUAUACUUAUGAUGUAAUCGUUUAAACGCUUAUCUUGUAUGAUUGAUUAUAUCGCUCGAUUAUUAUGACUACAAUACGCACGUAGUGCAAAGAACAAAAAAGAAUUAAAUAGAUAACCUUUUUAAGUAAGUCAAAUGUCAAUGUCACAUAAAACAUAUUUCAUUUGCACAGCUUUAUCUCCGUGAGAUAUAUAUGAUUGCAUUACUAAUUAAUGACACACAUGCAACUAAGGCGACAGAUGUCAUAUUCAUCACGAAUAACGUUAACCUCUUAUCAUCCCCUCCAUAGGCUGCCUUUCCACCAGAGAUGUGCGAGAAUGCGUAGGAUGUCUUUAUUAAGAAGUUAAGAACCAAUAGAAAAUUGCCGACUAGAGCUGCGCUGAUGUAAAUGAAGUGAUUAUAUUGAUUCUUAACAAACACAUCCCUCGCUAGCUCGCUACGCAUCGCACAUCUCUGGUGGUAACGAAACCUAAUGGAAUUAAAAGAUUUGCAACUUAAGAUAUUUUUAUCUUAAAUUGCGUCGAAUGAUAGACCCUAUGAUAUUAAUAGAUAUUAACAGUUUUUUUGCAUUCUUUUUCACAAAGAAAUGGUUUAAAAAGCAACUUAAAUUUAUUAGAGUCUUUCAGCUUAAUUUGAAUAUAAAACAUUUCACGAUUUGUGUGAAGUCUUUAUCCAUUUUUGUUAUGAAAGUACAUAAAUGAUUAGUUUAAGAUUAUUUUAAGUAGAAAUUCAAAUGUUUUUGCUGGAAGUAGUACACUCACUCAUAUAAUUUUUAUAAUGCAAUGUUUCUUUUGGGUCUGAAUAAUUUUUUUUUUAUAUAUAUAUUGAUAUUAAUAAACACUUAGUAAAGGUUGUAAAUUCUCUUUUUAAUGAAUACCUAUGUAAAAUAGUUUCAACCCUAUGUGACAUGUCUAGUAAGCCACAUAAAUGUUCGAUGUAAGUAAUUACAUAAAAAAAUUGAUAUUAAUUAAAUUUGUUAUAUAACAA